GAAGUACAUAAGACUACCAGAUGGUGGAACAUUGGGGAUCGAUUUCACACCACCACUGGACGAAAACUUGGACCCAAGUACCCCAGUCGUAGUUGUAGAACAUGGACUGACUGGAGGCUCACACGAGGCGUAUGUUCGACAUAUACUCUCCAAGGCCUGCGCACCAAAGGACAAGGGAGGUCUCGGUUAUCGAGGCGUUGUUAUCAAUUUCAGGGGAUGUGCAGGUGUCCCUCUCACCUCUCCACGAUUCUACUCAGCCGCCUGUAGCGACGACUACGCCUGUGGUGCUCUAUACAUUUCCAAGCUCUUCCCUGAAGCCAAACUCGUUGGAAUGGGUUUCUCAUUAGGUGCAAACGUCAUUACCAGACUCGAAGGGAAAUGGCUUAAUCGAACCAUAUAUUCCGCCGCUAUGGGUCAAAACUUAUUGAAGCUCUACAAGUCACACCUAGGAACCUUGGAAAAGUUCGAAGGGUCUGUCCUCAUGGAAAUGCACCCCAAGAUUAUGGAACUCAAGUCACCAAAGCUAAUCGACAUUGACGAGUUCUUGGUUUGCAAGACUGGCGGUUCCUCACCCAUUUGGCCCCUCCCUUGUGCGAAGGACUAUUACGAAUACGCUAGUAGUGACCAGAAGCUUCCUGGAAUACAGGUUCCGUAUCUGGCUAUCAAUGCAGAAGAUGAUCCGAUUGUUCGCGUAAUCCCGCGACCGGACGAACCAUCCUGUGAAGCAAGCGGAUAUGUCGCCGUAGCAAUCACCCCUGGCGGUGGUCACCUAGGGUGGUUUGAAGAUGGAGAGAAGAGAGGAGAGGUUCGAAGAUGGAUAAGGGAACCCGUUUUACAAUGGCUCCGGGCCGUCAUCGAGGAAUAUAAACCCGAAAAGAAGCAGGAGGGCCGUCCUACAGAAGAGGUAGAUGGGUUUGUAAGAGAGAUUGGGCGUGAAAACAUUGGUUACAAGGAAAUUGCUGAAGCCGACCUUCCGAGAGGCCCCGACGUCAAAGGACUGACCAAAGGACUUUGA